AUGGAGAGCUUGAUUCAUGAUGGGGUCUCUGUACCUGGCCUGAAUUGCCACAACCUGGUGGCUGAUGUUGUUGGAAUCACGACAAUGCGACCAGAUAAAUUUUGGCAAAGCAGUGCUCUUAUAAACCUCCUACCCAAGGAACGAGUUGUUGCCGAUUUUAGUUCUCCGAACAUCGCAAAACCCUUUCAUGUUGGCCACCUACGAUCUACAAUUAUUGGGAAUUUUAUUUGUAAUCUUCAUGAAGCGUUCGGACAUGAAGUAACCCGAAUCAACUACCUUGGGGAUUGGGGUACACAGUUUGGUAUGUUAAAGUACGGUAUUGAUGCUUGUAAUAUGACUGAAAAUGACCUGAAGGAUGAUGCUAUUCGAAAACUGUAUGAAGUGUACGUUUGGGCCAAUCAGAAAGCAGAGGAAGAUCCUUGUGUUCUUGUCAAAGCUCAAGAGAUAUUUAGCAAAAUGGAACAGGGAGAUGAGGAAGUAUUAAAGGCAUGGAACUUAUUCAGAAAAGUUUCAAUUGAAGAUCUGAUAAGUGUAUAUUCAAGACUUAAUGUGAAGUUUGAUGAGUAUCAUGGGGAAAGUAUGUAUAGUGCUGAUGAAUGUCAGGAGAGCUUAGAAAUGAUGGAAGGAAAGGGCCUCUUGGAAAGUCUAGAAGAUGGCAGAAAAGUGUUUUGCUUGACUCCAAAUAAUAAGAUUACGGUUGUUAAAAGUGAUGGAUCAUCGAUUUACUUAUCCAGGGAUAUAGCAGGUGCUGUUGACAGAUAUAAAAGAUAUAAAUUUACCAAGAGUUACUAUGUUGUGGACAAUGCUCAGACUGAUCAUUUCAUUGCCUUAUUUACUAUUUUGAACCAGCUUGGAUUUGACUGGGCAGAAAAUAUGAGGCAUAUAAAAUUUGGGAGAAUACGAGGAAUGAGUACAAGGAAAGGGACUGCAGUGUUCUUGCAAGACUUACUAGAUGAAGCACAGAAGGUGAUGAAGCAAAAGCAAGAGGAAACUGAUACCACCCGAGAAGAUUUACAGUACAGCAGUAUGGAUAUUGCCGACAAAAUUGCUGUUUCAUGUAUACUUGUUGGGGAUAUGAAGCAACGACGUCAAAGGGAUUAUAUUUUUUCAUGGGACAAAGUACUACAGAGCCGGGGUGAUACAGGAGCAAAGCUGCAAUAUGUUCAUUGCAGGCUUAUGAACUUGCAGGAAAACUGUGGCAUUGAAUUUGUUCACACAGUGAAUACUCGUUUUCUUACAGAACCUGUUGCCAUUAGUCUGGUGUGUGAAAUUGCAAGAUUUGAUGAAGUACUUACAGAAACCUACAGAGAACUGGAGCCCUGCAUACUUGUCAAUUAUUUAUUUAAACUAAGUGGAAGCAUCAAUUCUGCCCUGAAACAACUCCAGGUCAAGUCUUCUCCCCUAGAGAUUGCAAAGGCAAGAUUAGCCUUAUUUGUUGCAGCUAGGUUUACCCUGGCUGCAGGAAUGAAGAUUCUUGGUCUUGAACCAUUGAAUAAUAUGUAAAUUAAAAAUAAAGUUUUUUUUUUU